AUGAGGGCAACAUUGGCGCUCUGCAAGCGCUCGGUAUGGAAAGGACCUCACAUCGUCCCACUCCCGAUCAUUCGUGGAGCACCAGGCGACCGUAUCCCUCCCGUUCGAACGCAGGCACGGAGUGCGACGAUCUUGCCCAACUUUGUGGGACUUGUCUUCCAAGUGCACAAUGGCAAGGCGUACACAGAUGUGCGCAUAACUGAAGACAUGGUUGGACAUAAAUUGGGAGAAUUCUCGCCUACGCGCAAACGCUUCACAUUCAAGCAGAGCAAGAACAAAUAA